CGCUCUUGCUUGUGGAUAUCCCUGUUUGCUCUCCCACUUUCUUCAUCCUUCUGCCCGCCGAUGCUCUAUAGUCUAAUGUGCUGUAUACACUCCUAAUAUAUAUCUGCACGAGACAGGAAUGACAUCGACACCGGACGGGGCGGCACCAGAUGCAAUCACAGAGUCAAAUGCCGAUGCGCUGGCCACCUUCAAGCCAAGUGCUCGGGCAUGGGUCUAUGCAGUGUUCUUCACCACGAUCAGUGCCCUAAUUGCGCCGCUGUUUCUGUAUCGCACAUACAGCAUGCCGUUUUCCCCGCUGUUUAUACCAGUUUUGAUAUAUCCGAUAUGUCGACGCACGCUGCAAAGAACGCCUGAACACCCACAGUCGUCCUCAGCCUCCAUCUGGACAGCCGGCGGAUUCAUGAAUCAUCUACAGUGGUGCACGGAGCACUGGUAUCUAAAGGCAUUUUCGCGCGAGGAAAUGGUGUGGAUCACGUCGAUGGUCGCAGCCGGCGGCAGUCUUGCACCAGCGUAUCUGUGGAUCGCUACGGUGGAUUCGGACUUUGGCGGGCCGGUCAACUCGUGGAUGAAGCUGGCACUGGUGAUCGGCACGCAGGUGUUUGGGUGGUCGCUAGGCCAAAUGUUUCGCCACGUUUUUGUCGGUCACGGCCACGGGAUGGUCUGGCCCGAUGUUAUGCCUCUAUCGUACUUGAUACAAACACUAUUUCCACAGGACCGCCGGGCACUUUCACAGAGUAGGCGCACCAGCGGGUGGCUAGAGAGCGGGUCUGACGAAGAAUUAAUAGGGGAAGCUGGAUCUUUCGAUAGAAGCAACACCGCCACCAUCGGCCAAUUUCCGACCCCCGCCCGCAAGCGCAGGCUGGCGCUGUUCACGGCAGUCGCAUUCGUCUACCAGGUGAUACUGAGCUUUAUUGCGCCCAUUUUCAAAUCGCUGUGCCUGCUAUGCAUUUGGGCGCCUACAAACCGGCUUCUUGGCGUUUUCGGCUCUGGGUGGGACGGCGCAGGAAUCUUGUCGCUCACAUUUGACUGGGAGGCGCUGGGAACGCUGGGGCCGUUGGUGUCGCCGCUGUGGGCUCAGCUGCACUUUUACGGUGGUGCGCUGCUGAUGAUGUACGUGCUGACGCCGGUCGGCUGGACACUGAACUGGUGGCAGUCCAAGAGCCUGCCGAUUGUCUCGAUGAACGUGUUUGACAAUACCGGCAAAACGUACCAGAUAUCGCAGAUCAAUAGCACGAUGACUGCAGAGGGAAUCAAGUUUCGCAACUAUUCGCCUGUGCGACUGUCGGUAAACAGCGCCUUGGGGUAUAUCUGCGCAGUGGCAGCUAUCACGGCAGCAGUCACACACCUGCUGCUCUGGCACCGCGAGUGGCUCGGCGGGGCACUGCGAGAGCUGUUCCAGACCCUCUGGAUCAUCGUGGAUCCGCGGCCACUAGUGAGGCGCCCGCGCACUAGACGCCCGCCAUUGCCAGAGGCAGACAUGGGCUCAGCUGAUACUGUGCUUGAAGAAGCGCCUAUGCUGCAGUGGUGGUGGCUCUCCAGCAGAGUUUUGAGCAAGGCGGUUCGGGCGUGUUUGCUGGUUCUGUCUGUGGGAUUCGCUGUCCUGACACCGUACUUUGGUAUAUCAGCACUGAAUGGCUGGCAGAUCGCGCUUGCCCUGGGGUGGUCGUUCGUCAUGACCAUCCCAACGGGGUUUGUCGAGGCGGUCGCGGGAUUCACGCUGCCUAUGGACCUGCUCCCGCACAUCAUCGGCGGAUGGCUGCGCCAGCCCGGAUCGCCUAUCGAGACCAGCUACUUUCACAUGUGGGCGACAGUGCCGACAAGUGUGGCAUUGGGGUGGGCCGGCGUACGCAGCUUCCAGCUUGCCCACCAUUGCACGGCUGCGGUGCAACAUGUUGGCAACAAUCGGGAUGACGGGGACAAUGGACACCACGAAAACAAUAGAGACAGCAAGAAGCCGACGAUAGCAGAGGCCGAAGGCACUGCGCAGGGACUGCCUUCCCAAUGCCGACUGGCAUGGAUAGGCAGAGGCACGCUUAUCGGCGUUGUGUGGGGCGCCUGCAUGAACCACCUCGUAUAUGUCGCGCUGAGCUUCGACCCCGCGCAGCUGAGCGACAAGACCUCGCAGGUUGGCUGGCGCGAGCCAGGGGAGAUAGCGAGGGCACCGGCAUCGCUGAGCUCGGAGCUCGUUGUUUGGGGCAUCGUGGGCCCGCGUUCGAUAUUUGCUGCCGACAGCCCAUACCGGCUGCUGUUCCUGCAAGGCCUGAUGAUCGGAGUGGCUGCCCCGCUGUUCCUGGCAUGCGUCAGCCUGCUGUGCACACGCUGCUUAUGCAAGCUGCGCCCCAAUCGGAUCACCGCAUGUGUUGGGGCAAUCUGCGCGCAGGUGCAGGUCCCGCUCAUUCUCACAGGCAUGGUUGCGGUCCCGGGGCUGCCAGCAAACUUUAUUGUGACUGGGCUUGCGGCCGCGGUCGCCGGGCAAUCGUGGUUCCGCCACAGGGGGCUCAGACUGGUAGACCGAUCGCUGUUCAGCGCUGCCAUGGACACAGGAACCAGAUGCGCGGUCGCGGCUCUGUUUUCUAUUGGGCAGAUCCUCGCGUACCAGAGGCGGCCGCUGCUGUUUGCCGAAUGGUGGGGCAACACGUCGGGCAGCAUCGAGCACUGCGCCGCGUGGUAG